UGUGACAUUUAAAAUUUAAAGCUCGAUCAACUUGUCCUGUACACAGUUGCAGGAAAAAACACAGAAUGUAUGACUCAUUUGUGUUAACCGAUUCUAUUGAUGACUAAAACCUAAAAUUUUCCCAUGAUAAAGUCUGCGAUGAUUGCAUUAUAAAAGUAACCCUGUCGUGUCGUUGGGGGUAUAUUUGUAUUUGUUUGUAUUAAAAGGAAAAACAUGGAGUCAGAGCAUCCCAAAGUUAACAUUCCCGACGCCAAGGAAAGAAUCAAAUAUCUGACGAAUUAUGGCAGCAGCAUAGAAGUCGAUUUUAAUGUACCGGCUGUAAGAUACUUUCGUUCAGGUCAAGAAAUGAUCCGGAUGGCGAAUUUGUAUUUGGAAGAAGGCAACCUGGAGCACGCCUACGUUUUGUACAUCAAAUUUAUGACGCUGUUUCUUGAGAAAAUCAGGAGACAUCCUGGAUUUAAAACAGUACCGUCACAUUUGAAAGAACUGAUAAUGAGCAGACUUAAAACUAUUUUACCAAUUGCUGAGAAACUCAAACAGCAAUUGAUGGAACAGUAUACACUUGAAUACAAAAGGUAUCUUGAUGAACUAAAGAGGGAAGAAAAAAGAAAAGAAAAAGAAAAGGCUGAUGAGAUGGUUAUAAAUAGCACUAAACCAGUUGUGAAGGGAGAGGAAAAUAUUCCUACUGUUCCAAUUGUAGGACUUGACUCAAUCACUUACCCUGAAAUGGCAGACGAAAAUAGAAAAAGGCCAGAAAACAGUAUUUUACCAAGUUGCAGUAAACCAACUGUUAAUCGAACUACGAAGCCAAAAUUGAGUUUAGAAGAUAGCAUUUAUUCCCAAUACAAAACUCUAAGACUGAUUGUAGUACCUGCGAAAACUAUUGGCGAGUUUUUGCGAAUAGCCAAUAGAAAUACUUUGGUGAAUAAAGAAACAUGCGGCAUUUUAGCAGGAAUAGCUAAAAACAAUCAGUUCGAAAUAAGCCAUUUGAUCAUUCCAAAGCAAACUGGCACUUCUGACACCUGUUCGGCAACUAAUGAAGAAGAGCUAAGUGAAUUUAUCAACGAUAACAAUCUUUUUUCGUUGGGAUGGAUUCAUACUCAUCCAACCCAAACAGCAUUCCUUUCAGCAAUUGAUCUUCACACUCAAUAUAGUUACCAGCGUUUGUUUGACGAAUCUAUCGCUAUAGUUUGCGCACCGAGAUAUAACGAGAACGAAAUCUACACGUUAACUCAAGACUACGGUUUACCUUUAAUUGGUAACUGUAUGCAGUCUGGUUUUCACACACACCCUAACGAAAAGCCCAUUUAUAAGGUAAGGCGGAUAAACAUUUUGAUUAUAAUUAUACCUAAAAAGCAAUUGAAAUAAAUAUUCAAAAUCAGAGCCAGACUGAAGAUUUUGGCCCGGGGUGCGAUGUAACCAAAUGGCCUGGU